GUCGACUACCGGUCGUCUCGUCCUACCUUCCCAUCUGCAUCCCCUCUUCUCCCCUCCAAACGGCAUUUUGUUUUUGGCCACCGGUCCGCAGUUGCGACUGAGAUCCCGGUUUGCUGCAUAGUUUGUCAUCCUCGAUCCCCGACAUCCCGGCGUUGCUAACAGGUUGUUGCACUAUCCGUCCACAGGGACAGAAGAAAAACUCAAUAACAACAACAACAACGGAUUCCAGUUUCCGACAUCAACGUCAUUCCACAGUUCCCCUACCCCAGAUCCGCUUUCUGUGACCCCAAGUCUCCAGCCAUUCCCCGCAACUAGCCGCAAUCGCGCGUAAUCCGAAAUUAUGGGCUCGUUUAUGGAGGACCUCUGGUCUAGCAUCUUUACCCCGGGUCCCACCCCCUCCCUCCUCAUCGCGACCAACGUCACCUUCGCUGCCCUUCAGGCUCUCCUGUUCGCCCUCCUCCUCGCCACGUAUAGCAUCCACUUUUUCGUCCUGUCUAUCUUGUCCGGCGCCCUAUGGUGGUCCAUCAACUGGUUCGCUCAGGAGCUUAGGCAGGUGCAAGCUGAGGAGGCGGAGAAAAAGCAACAAUCGGAAGAGCUUGCAGAGAGCCAAGCCAAGUCAGACGGCAGUCGGAAAACCCCGGCGACUCUCGACAGUGCCGGGAGCGAUACGGAAACAGAACUUCUAACGGAGCACAAGGGUGCUGCUGCCACCGCUUCCGCUCCUCGUUCUCUUGCUGCAUCGGCAACACUUCGGCCACCGGAGGAACACGGCGAAGUUCGGAAGCGCCUGAGCGUCAGCGGUGAGAGCUCCGGUUACCAAAGCACCGAUAGCGAGUGGGAGAAGGUAGAUGACGGUAAGGCGGCCUAGGCGUACACGGGAUUGGAUCAUUGUCAGGGAUUGUUAGUACAUCAGCCUAGGGGCCCGUGUGGUGUCCCGACUUAUUUCUUGACCAUCCUGCGUCGGACAUGGGCCGAUACGGCUUCGUUGCCAUACACCAUUUCCGUCUGUCCCAUAUAGAUACCAGAGAGGCAUUCUGUUUGCUGCACCGGCAAGAUACCCUAUAGAUGACUGAUACAUGCCGGGCAAUGGAAUGAAAUGUAGACCUGUUACUUGAUACUUUGAUGGUCCAGCAAUACAGUAUAGCAUGAC